AUGCCGUCCAAGUCGACCCCAGCAUCUGGCACGGCGACGCUCUCAUCUAUCCUGGCAGCGCGUUCACCGCCUCCUGGUCUCGCUUCUCCUAACCCAGAUGCCGACGAAGACAUUGAUGACGGAGACAGCGCAGUUUGUCAUAUAUGCGCUAAUGCGAUUACCUACAUCUCCUUAUCUCCUUGCUUGCAUACUACCUGCCAUACUUGUGCUCUCCGUCUUCGCGCCCUAUACAAGUCACAGUCCUGCACAGUCUGCAAACAGCCUCAACCGCGCCUGUUGUUCCUCCUUCCCUCUACCCUCCCCAACCCUGGUAGCUUAGGCGUCACCACUCAGGAAGAUAGAGAGAAAGUCUUCGACGAUUUUCUCGCAAAGUGCCCCUUCAGCGAUGAACAGCAGUCGACCGCUUUUCAGUCUCUUCCAAUCAAGCAGGCCACUCUUCAGCUUUUGCGAUUCAAUUGUCCAUUCUCCUCCCUUCAUUCGCUUACUGAGCCUGGGUCUUCCCCUCCCCGUGGCGCACCUCCAACUCCAUGCUCGUUUGUCGCUUCACGUGGCUUCAUUGAGCUCGCUCGGCAUACCCGAGAGCAGCACGGAAGGCUAUUGUGCGAACUCUGCGUGAAGAGCAAGAAGAUAUUUGCGCAUGAGCAUGUACUGUACACGCCAAGGCAGCUCGUGGUGCACCUGCCAAAUUUGUCGACAGUACCGAUCGACAUGCAGCGAGGGCGCGGGCGACGCGGGCGAGGAAGAGGGCGUGGCGGCUUAUCCAGAGGUGCCGGUCCUGCCGCGACAAGGGAUGUUGAUAUGGACAAUGGUGCGGACGGGGAGGCCGAAGAAGAAGAAGAAGACAUGGUCGAAUGGAGCCAUCCAAUGUGCGCUUUCUGCCGAGAAUGUUUCGCAUCCAGCGACGAACUGUAUGCACAUCUGAAAGAAAAACAUGAAGAGUGCUUUAUAUGUCGCAAUGCAGGGGAGCGGGAUGUCUACUUCCUUAAUUAUGAAUCUCUCCAAAGGCACUUUCAAAGCGCGCACUACCCCUGUCCACACCCCAACUGCAUCAGCCAGCACUUCGUUGUCUUCCCCAGCGAUAUGGAUCUGAAGGCGCACUAUGUCGAAACGCACGGAGGUGAGAUGAGCCAACGUGAGUUACGGGAGAUGCGCGAGCUAGUAAACAUGUUCGACUCUGUACCUGGAGCGUCAAGCGUGUCAACUUCCUCGAAUGCGGGACAAGGGAGAGGGGGUAGGAGAGGAAGGUUUGGCGCUCAGCUGACUACCGCUGGCCUGGAUGGGAUGGGCACUCCGGCUCAGGAAGACUCUGAUCAGGCGAGGGAAGCGCUCGAACGCCAGCCCUUGACGGACGCUCAGGUAACUGCGUGGCAAGCGCUCCUCAACCCGCUCCCCGUCCUACCGCCCACUCAAUUGCUCGCACUCCGCUCCUCCUUGCUUGCAUGGCUUUCUCAUCAGCAAAGUGCCAAAGACCUCCUCACCAUUCUUAUUUCCCUCCUUCACAAUCCCACGUCGCCCACCCUCUCCCGUGCUGGCGACCCAGACGAACUGGUAAUCAAAGCGCUCCAAGGGUUGGCGAACCGAGGCAAACUGGGAACAGACGAGGAACAGGAACUGAGAACCGCUAUCAACGGGUUCAGGGCAGAGAGGGCCGGCGCCUUCCCCAGCCUUAGCAGGGAUUCUGGCUUCAGUGCCGUCGCGAGCGGAAGGGGGAUUGCUGUUCCACUUCCACUUGGAGGCGGUGGCCGAGCGGGACCAGCAAGCACCGGCAGGAGAGGCGCACCGCACAGGACGGUUUGGGACCGUGUCGAGAGUGCGGCACAGCGUACUGUGCCUCCCCCAGUGGCCCUCUCUGCUGUGCCAGGAAGGCAGCAAACAUCUGCGCAGGCUUUCCCUGCCCUCUCCGCCUCACUGGCCGCACCGGCACCGCGCCGACCUGGAGCGACUGCUUGGUCGGCGUCUGCCUCCGGCUCAAGUUCGGCUUCACCCCGCCCAGCUCCUGCGCCGCCUCCUCCACCAAGUGUCCAGGCACACUCCAUUCCCGCUCGCUCUUUCACUACGACGCCGUCCUCCGUUCCCAACACGCCUAGCGCAACGCCCCGCCGCCCACCUCCGCAGGCGGACGGCCGCCAGUUCCCGGGUUUGCCAACGAGGGAAGUUAUCAAGGUGCCACUAGGAGCAAAGGGGGGAAACAGCAGUUUGAGGAAUAUUUUGGGGCAGCAGGACUCGAGCAGUAGUUGGGGAAAGCCGGCGGGAGGGAGUAGUUGGGGCAGGCCUUUGGGAAGCGGGAGUGGUCCGAGCAGUCCUACGGAGGCGACGGCGCCGGACGGGAUGGAGGAUGGCGUGGCCUCAGGGGGAGGGAAUGCACCGGCUGCCGCUGGAGCAAAUACAAACGGAGGUGGGAAGAAGAAACGCAAGGGAAAGGAGACGCUUUUUACCCUUGGAAGCUUCCCGACUGCAUAGUCUCGUUGUGUCCCUCAAACACCUGGAAGGUGAACCUGUCCCACAAAUUAGGUUUGUGAGCUGGUUCUGCAGUGAGUUCCUGACCGCUUCGCCCAGUUGUAUCCUCAGGAUGAGAUACUGCGUAUGGCGAAGCUAGAGCUGUGAUUGUUUAUUGGUUACAUCGAUGUUGUAAUGAAUAAUAGAACAGG